AUGGCCGAGGCCGAGCCAUUGAUCAUCGCUAGAACAGACUUGCCAGAAAGUCAAUACGAUUCUCUACUCGGUCAAGGCCACAGCGAACACAAUGACGAAGGACCGGCCGACGCGAUCAAACACAAAAGGAAGACUCUCUUUGCAUACUUGCGUACCAAGGAGUUCUGGACUAUUUUGCUGCUUGGACAGGUCCUAGCCAUCCUCAACACAUCCAGCAGUACCUUCACCUCGCUGCUCGAAAAACAGGGCACUUCCAUACCGGCCUUUCAGACAUUCUUUAAUUAUGUCCUUUUGAACGUCAUCUUCACCUCGUUUACAGUAUACAAAUACGGAUUCAGGGACUGGGUGCGAGUUACAUGGACUGACGGAUGGAAAUGUACUGUUUUAGACUUUUAUAUCCCCUCAAAGCAAUAUGAACUGAUUAUACUUGCAGACCUUUUGUUCGCCUUUUGCGACGUCGAGGGAAACUUCUUCGUCGUCUUGGCGUACCGCUACACGACUAUUCUCAGUGCACAACUGAUCAAUUUCUGGGCCAUCAUUGUCGUUGUUGCACUAUCCUACCUCGCCCUGCACGUGCGCUAUCACUACAUGCAAAUAAUAGGAAUCCUGAUCUGCAUUGGAGGUAUGGGAAUAUUGUUAGCAUCAGAUCGCAUUGAGGACCGGGACAACAAUGGACGUGCUGUAGAUGCAGUAAUGGGGGACCUCUUUGCUUUACUUGCAGCAACCUUCUACGGCUUCUCCAAUGUCGUCGAAGAAUACUUUGUGAGUAAGCGGCCCAUGUACGAAGUCAUUGGACAAUUAGCGUUUUGGGCCUCGAUUAUCAACGGCAUCCAAGCCGCGCUCUUUGAUCGCUCGUCAUUCGAGAAGGCCACAUGGAAUGCACAAGUAGCGAGCUACCUGGUCGGGUAUACGCUGUGUCUGGCGGGAUUCUACUCCACUGCGCCGCUGAUCUACCGCCUAGCAUCAGCAGCAUUUAUGAACCUGUCCAUGUUGACGGGAAAUUUUUGGGGGGUCAUUAUCGGCGUGUUUGUGCUGCAGCUGCGCGUCCACUGGAUGUAUCCGAUUGCGUUUGUCCUAAUUCUUCUCGGUCAGUUUGUGUAUUAUCUAGGUCGAAAUAUCCUUGGGGAAGCGCGAAAGCCCUGGCUAGGUCAGAACCAGGAACAGGGCGUGUCGGGCGUGUUCACCGCGAAGCGCACGAUCGAUGCAGAUGCAAAUACUGUCCUGCAGGAUGAUAUCGAUUCCAUCUACGAAACAGAAUGGUAG